AUGGAAAAUGAGGAUCAAACAAUGCAUUCAUCAGAAGAGCUAUUUCGCUCUGAGGAGGAAUUCGUGCACCCAUCAGAUCCAGAACCAUCAACUUCAACCUUGAAUUCGCUGGGUUCGCUUCCAGCUCAGGGCAACUCACUGGUGCAAAACGAUGCUGGUGCACAGUUUCUGGAUUCAUCGGUGGUUGAGGCAGCGCUUCAGCAACUUUUCGCGCCAUCAAUGCAUCUGGCCACAUUACAUGCUCAAUCGCCGUCACCAUUAGCAAAUUAUAAUCCAUCAUCAGAUUCACUGGAAGGACCGCAUAUGCCGCUAGAUUUGCUAAAUUCGAUGGCUUGGGACCAGUGGCUAUGUUGUCUGGCCAAUUCGCUGACACCAGCACAGUGGCAGUCUUGCUGGAUCCACUAUCUUACACUUUAUGGUACCACAGGUGUAUUAAUUCAUGGCAACAGUAUGAAUUAA